AUGUCCAGAUAUCUCGCGCCGGCUUUGGUUGCGACCAUUGAAGACCUUGUCAUAUACAACAUUGAAGAUGCACAGCCUGUGAAACCAGACGCCCCGAGAGGAUUCUCGGAGCGCUUCAUUCACUCGGAAGUGUACAAGGCAUAUCCAGCUGUCCAGUCAGUGGUGCAUUCACACAGCCUCGAGGUCGUACCAUUUUCAAUCUCCACAGUUCCCCUGUCCGCCUGUUUUCACAUGGCCGGGUUUCUUGGAACUGCCGUUCCUGUGUGGGAUGCGGCUUCGGUGUACAAAGACCAUCCAUCUGACAAUCAGGACAUGCUAAUCAGGAACACCAAGCUUGCUUCCUCACUGGCAAAGGCGCUAGGGGAGAAUGGUCAGGUCAAGCACCCAGUUGUGCUCAUGAGAGGCCAUGGUAUGGUUGUGACCUCAGAGAGCCUGGAAAUGUGCAUCUUCAACAGUAUCUAUACGCAACAAAACGCAAGGGUACAACGGAGUGCGAUGAGUCUGGGCGGCGCCGUGAAGUACUUUACAGAGCGAGAGGCACACGAUACGGGGACAACGACGGGGAUGGGAGCUGUAAAACCAUGGCCGCUGUGGGAGAAGGAGGUCGCAAACAAAACCAUGUAUCACAACCAACUAUCUGCUACCGAACUUUGA